AACAUAGCAAACCGGGUGGCCAACCUGCCCUUGGUCAGCUCUGCCUAUGACAUGGUCUCCACAGCCUACACCUCCACCAAAGAGAGCUACCCAUAUGUCAAAUCCGUCUGUGACGUGGCAGAGAAAGGCAUGAAGACCAUGGCCGCGGCUGCAGUUAGUGGUGCCCAGCCAAUCCUGUCCAAACUCGAGCCGCAGAUUUCCACAGCAAAGGAGUAUGCAUGCAGGGGGCUGGACAAGCUGGAGGAGAAGCUGCCAAUCCUUCAACAGCCAACAGACAAG